AUGUCUCUUCCCAUUUUCCUUUUCUUUCUUAUACCAUCGUUGUUCUUCAAGCUUUCACAUUCAACCACAGUUCUAGUAGAUGGAUCUUUAGAGUGGAAGAAUCCUACUGUUUAUAUUGGUGAUUCCAUCAUUUUCGAGCACAAGCAGCACUAUAAUCUCUGCAUUUUCAAGAACCAGAAAGCCUUCAAUAUCUGCAAUUUCACUGAAGCUACACUUCUCACUGAUCCCAACACUACUUCCUACACGUGGCACCCUUCUCGCGUUGGUUUCUUCUACUUCACCUUCUACAAUGACUCACUCAAAGCUUGUCAAGAUUCACAAAAGCUAGCCAUUAAGGUAACUUCAGCAACAUCUGCAGCACCAGAAGCUUCUUCUCCAACUGCAACUACUCCAGCUCCUUCUUCUGGUGGAGAUGUACAGUCUUCUCCUUCAUUUCCAUGGCCUUUUCGCCCUCAUCAAGGUUCCUCUUCACCAGGUCCAGCACCAACACCAGAAGCAAGUUCACCGGUAACAGUUCCAUUAGUACCGUUUAAAGGUAGUGGUGAUGGUAUGCCUUUUAUUAACAGUAACCCUGCAGUUCCUCUGCCUACUGGUGAGGUUGAUUCUGCUACCAUAAAUCCAAUUCCUACUUCUGGUCAUCAACGACAGGUGAUGAUUGGACCAUUUGGAUUUCAUUUUGCUAUGCACAUUAUGGCUUUGCUGUUGGUGUAA